CUCCACACUCGCAUAUAGGCGUCAGUACCUCUGGGACUCUCCUUUCGAAUAAGAAAGCCCGAAGGCCUAUGGCCCCGGUUCGAAUCUGGAUCAACAGUGAACUCUUCGCUCUGCUGAGGCCGUCGUGUCUCCUUAGGGUUUUGUCUUGGAACAGGGUCUCGUGCUGGUGGUCAAGGUCAUCUGCGGGCCUCGUUGCUGUCCGGCCGUCUCGUUCCUUGAGCCACCUCUCUCUCCAGGCCUCCUCCAUUACUCUGUCCGUGUCGGCAGUCCCUCCCGUUCAAACUGCAAUUGUGUUGGCGGCUUCUUCUACCGCUGUGGGCUCCUGCGGCCCAGAGGCUCGCGGUCGGCCCCUGUUAUCCGUCCUCGAGUUGAAUAUCUGAUAUAUCUUGCCGCAGGCCGCAUGAACAAUACUCCCUGCAGUGUCUUCAAUUUGGCGACGAUGGAUGAAGAGGAGAUGUACGGGGAGUUUCUGGGCCACGAGAUGUUCUGGAGCAGUUUUGGUGUGGAGGGAAGCAAAGCCAUGGUGACAGGUGUUGGACUCGAUGUGGUUGAGUUUGAGGAGCUUGAGGCUGGGGCGGACAGCUGGAGAAGAGCGAUCCGGAUUAUGGGGUGAGAUUCGUAUGGGUUGCCGCAAGGAAGGUGCUUGCUGAGGGUACUGAUGUAUAGUGGUCCGACUGCCUAGUAUUUGUG